GCGGUAUUGAUGGUAUUGACCAAAGAGAUACAGUGCAUACAGGUUAUGGGCUUCUGAAAUUCGGACGGGAUUUUUGUGAAUUUCGAGAGUUACCAGUACUAGUAUCCCCGGAGUUUCAGGAAGUGCACUCUUGGUGGACGUUGGGUGGUUACAGUCGAGUCGAGCUGUCUCGAACGGUUUUGAGCUUUAUGGAGAAACAGGAGAGUGGCCCGAGGGACGAGUGGUUGGCUGAAGUGGGUUCGCAUAUCCAGAGGGUCUCAGUGAAUAAUUUGAUAAUGAAUUAUUUAGUUACAGAGGGUUUUAAAGAAGCAGCUGAAAAAUUCCAACAAGAAUCUGGUGUGGGCCCAACAGUAGAACUGAACUCGAUGGAUGAUAGAAUUCGCAUUCGCGAUGCAGUUCAAAAUGGCAGAAUCCAGGAGGCCACGGACCUUGUCAAUCAACUCCAUCCCGAGUUACUUGAUAAUGACAGAUACUUGUAUUUUCACUUGCAACAGCUACACCUCAUUGAACUCAUUCGUACUGGGCGAAUAGAAGAAGCAUUGCAGUUUGCCCAAGAUCAACUUAGUGAGGCUGGUGAGUCUGACGAUAAUAUUUUGAGUGAAUUGGAGAGAACUCUGGCUUUGUUGGCGUUUGAGGAGCCUAUGAAAAGCCCUUUCAGUGAUUUGCUUCAUCCAUCGCACAGACAAAAGAUUGCAAGCGAAUUAAAUACUGCAAUUUUGAAAAUGGAGCACAGAGAAUCGACAAGCCCAAGACUAAACAAUCUCUUGAAGAUGAUACUGUGGGCGCAGGAUGAACUCGACAAGAAAAAAGUCAAAUAUCCAAAAAUGACCGAUUUGGGGAGUGCAACUAUCGAGAAUCCUAAGUAGUAAAAAUCAACCCUUGAAUUGAGAAAAAAAAGAAAAAAAAAAUUUUUAACGAGAAUUCAGAGUUAUUAUUAUUUAUUCAUAUAUUGGUCCCAGAAGACUGUAACGAUUAUCUAAGCAUAAGUAGAACAAUUAGGAAACGAAUAAAAAUGAUGAUUAUUAAUAAUUAGUGAUAAAUUUCCUUUUUUCACGUGCAAAAUGUAUUAUAUUAAUGAUUAUACCGAAGUAUUAAAAUUUUAUUAAAAUUUUAAACUCUAA